CGACCCCCGUUUUUGAAUAUAAACGCGUUUUCUCGCUCCAGUGAUCCCAUGGUUCACGGCUCAUCCUUGCGACCUCGGCUGGGUAGAAUAUUCCCGGACGGUGCGCCGUUGACCGGCCGUUUCGUCGGUCUGAUCUCCAAUCGACGGCUGUGAUUGCCGCGUCAGUGUGAUGUGGUCGAGACGCGAGCCUCAGGGGACGACUUCACCCCCCCGCCUUCGCUUUUAUAUGUUUUUCUCUUCUUUGAUCAACCGGCUUUCAACUGCCUUUUCAAUAUCGCACCGUCGUCUCUACUCUCUCUCUCUCUCUCUCUCUGCGUCCCGAUCGUUUGACCUUGAGCGACAGCGGUCGAGCUGCUGCAUUUCGCCGAUGGGCCACUGCUGCAGCAAGCAGAGCUCCGUCGCCACCGCCAACUACGCGGUCCCGCCGCUCGCCGAUUCUCGGCCCGAUGAGCGGCCGAAGCCACCGCCGUCGCCGCUCCCGGCAUCGUCGCCCGCGCGAUCUGUGGGCGCCGGCGAGGUGAGCUUCGUCUCCGGGAGCCCGUUCCCGAGCCCGCUGCCCGCCGGAGUAGCGGCGUCCCCGUCACCGGCGAGGACUCCGCUGAGGAAGUUCCGGUGGCCGCUUCCGCCUCCGUCUCCGGCGAGGCCGAUCAUGUCAUUGAUCGCGAAGCGGCGUGGCCGAGCUGCACCUAAGGAGGGGCCGAUAGCGGAGGAGCAGGUGGUGGAGGGAGAGGCGGAGCCGCCUUUGGAUAAGAGUUUUGGAUACGCGAAGAACUUCGGCGCGAGGUUCGAGCUCGGGAAGGAGGUGGGGCGGGGGCACUUCGGUCAUACGUGCUGGGCUAAGGGAAAGAAAGGAGAGCUCAAGGGUCAGAAUGUGGCCGUGAAGAUCAUUUCAAAAGCUAAGAUGACAUCAGCGAUAUCAAUUGAAGACGUUCGUCGAGAGGUGAAAAUAUUAAAGGGAUUAGCAGGACACAAGCACCUUAUUAGAUUUCAUGAUGCAUUUGAAGACAACAACAAUGUCUACGUAGUCAUGGAAUUGUGUGAAGGUGGUGAACUACUUGACCGUAUUUUAUCCAGAGGUGGUAGAUACAGAGAGGAGGAAGCUAAGGAUAUAGUGAUUCAAAUUCUGAGUGUAGUUGCUUCUUUUCAUCUUCAAGGUGUUGUGCAUCGUGAUCUAAAACCAGAGAAUUUUCUAUUCUCCACAAGAGACGAGGACGCGCCAAUGAAGAUUAUUGAUUUCGGCCUCUCUGAUUUUAUUGGGCCAGGUCACCGUCUCAGUGAUGUUGUUGGCAGUGCAUACUAUGUUGCACCAGAAGUUCUCCAUAGAUCAUAUAGCCUUGAAGCUGACAUGUGGAGUAUUGGGGUCAUAACAUACAUAUUGCUAUGUGGAAGCAGACCAUUUUGGGCUCGGACUGAAUCUGGAAUUUUUCGCUCUGUUCUUAGAGCAGAUCCCAACUUUCAUGAUUCACCUUGGCCUAUGGUAUCAGCAGAGGCUAAAGAUUUUGUGAAAAGGCUUCUGAACAAGGAUUACAGAAAAAGAAUGACUGCUGCCCAGGCUCUAACUCACCCAUGGAUACGAGAUGAAAAACGUGCCAUGCCUUUGGAUAUUUCAAUCUACAAGUUAGUUAAAUUCUAUGUUCGUGCCACCCCUUUCAAACGGUCUGCACUAAAGGCUCUCUCGAAAGCGUUAACGGAGGAUGAGCAUGUGUAUCUCAGGGCCCAAUAUAAUCUCUUGGAACCAAAUAAUGGAUAUGUUUCUCUUGAUAACUUUAAAGUGGCUUUGAUGAAAAAUCUAACUGAUGCCAUGAAGGAGUCGAGGGUUCCUGAAAUUUUAGAUGUGAUGGAACCACUCUCACAUAAGAAAAUGAGCUUCGAAGAGUUUUGUGCUGCGGCAAUCAGUCCACAUCAGCUUGAGGCUCGUGAAGACUGGGACCAGAUUGCAAAUACUGCCUUCGAGUAUUUUGAACAAGAAGGAAACCGGGUCAUUUCCCUUGAUGAAUUGUCAAGUGAGCUGAAUCUGGAUCCUAGAGCUCAGUCUCUACUCGAUAACUGCAUCAGAGACACUGAUGGAAAACUCAGCUUCCUUGGAUACACCAAGUUCUUACAUGGUGUGACGCUUCGGAACUCUAACUUAAGACCGAGAUAGCAUGUAGGUGUGGUGAAUUUGCUUACAAAUCUUGAUUUGAAGUGUAUAGCCUUUCCGAUUCGAGAGGUGAAGCACUCCGAUUGGCAAAUCUUGACGUGUGCGAUGGCGUGAGAUUGGUUGGUAGAUAGAGGGUAUGAUGCUUUUGUGACCGCCGAUUUCUUGAAAUAUGCUGUCUCUGUCCUUCAAAUCCUUGAGGCUAUGGAUGGUGAAGUUGAAAUGGCUCCGAGUCCCGAAAUGACAUGUUUCUUUGUAAUGGACGGAAAGUGUUCUGAAUUCCAAAUAAUUUUAGGAUGAUUGUCGU